AUGGAUUCUUUGCCCGACUCUGCCGGGGACAGCAAGUCGUCCGCGUGUCAGUGUGCACCUAAGCCGGGUGUCUACCGGUGGUCUCCCGGACUCCCUUUAGUCGUCUGCGUCCUCAUGUCACUGAGCUCCAUCAGCGUGUGUCUGUUAAUGAGCUUCAAGACCUUCCAGUUGGAGCAGAGACUGAAGAUGGAACUGGAGCGAGUGCCCGCCUUCCAAACCGGGCAUGGGACUUUCCUCAGCGAGGAUGGGAGCCUGGUUCCGGAGUUGAGCGCCUCCGUGGGGAAACUUGUGGAAGAGAAAGUCAUGGUACUGAUGCCAAAAAUUCGAACGGCAAGAGAUGUUGGGCAAGAAUGCGUCUGUCCUCCAGGGCCUCCCGGAAAGCGUGGAAGGAUGGGAAGACGAGGGGAACCGGGUAAGCGAAGCCAGCCACCUGGCAAAGCAGGACGGGAUGGAUACCCGGGUCCACUUGGCUUGGAUGGUAAACCAGGACUACCGGGUCUCAAGGGAAGCCAGGGACCAGCCGGGCCCAAGGGAGAAAAGGGUGACCAAGGAGACAUUGGGCCAAGGAUGGUCUAUCCAAGAUAUGAUCAUAGCUUUCUCUCUGGUGACCAGUCCAGCACCUUUCAGAGACGUUUUCUGAAGGGUGACCAAGGCCAGGCUGGACCUGCUGGCCCUCCCGGUCCUCCAGGUCCCCCAGGUCCCAGGGGCCCCCCUGGCAACACCGGCAAAGAUGGGCCUCGUGGCCCAGCGGGAGAGCAAGGUUUUCCUGGUCGUGACGGCAGUGAGGGAGCUCAGGGAUUGCCUGGAAAAGCGGGAGAAGAUGGGGAACCUGGAUAUCCUGGACCACAGGGUCCCCCAGGAAUAAAGGGAGAGCCAGGAAUGGGAGAAAAGGGAGAGAGGGGCAUGGAUGGACUACCAGGAUUAAAGGGAGAUAAAGGAGCAAUAGGAGACCAAGGACCCAUGGGUUACCCUGGUGAAAAGGGUGUUUCGGGCACCUCUGACAUAAUUGACUUCAAUGGGAAGCUUCUUGAUGCAUUCCAGGCCAUCAACACAAUCAGUAUUUCGGGCCCACCUGGACCACCUGGCCCCCCUGGUCUUCAAGGAGAAAAGGGAGAACUUGGUUUACCUGGUCCAGCUGGAGUGGACGGGGAGAAGGGAUCUAAAGGUGAUGUGGGUGAAAUAGGACCACAAGGCGAAAGAGGAGAAAAGGGAGAGAUGGGCCUUUCUGGGCCACCGGGUAUGGACGGACAAAAAGGAGAAAAAGGUGACUGCAGGCUGGAUGACAACUUGGUUCAAAUGAUUUCCCAGCCAGGUCCUCCUGGGCCACCUGGGCCACCAGGAGCUCCUGGGUUAGAUGGAUCCAUGGGGUUGCAUGGAAUGCCUGGUCCAAAGGGUGAGCCAGGAAUUGGAAUAAAGGGUGAAAGGGGGGACACUGGAACUCCAGGACCCAAGGGAUCAGAUGGCCUACAGGGUAUGCCAGGGUCUCCAGGGCUAGUGGGUCUUCCAGGGGCAAAAGGAGAGAAAGGCAGGCCAGGAGAACCUGGACUUGACGGUUUCCCAGGCCUGAUGGGGGAGAAGGGCGACAGGGGGGAACGAGGAGAUAAGGGUGACAGAGGAAGUGUUGGAAAGAGAGGACUAAAGGGUCAGAAGGGGGAACAGGGUCCUCCAGGUCUUGAUCAACCCUGUCCUGUGGCUUGUGAUGACAAAAAAGAUCUGUCUGGGGAAGGAGUGCUUUCUUCUCCUCCACCUCCUCUUCUUCCUCCUCUUGCCCCUGUGGCUCCCUGUCCUGUGGGACAUGAUGGGCUGCCUAUACCAGGCUGCUGGCACAAGGAGGAGAUGGCCAGGCAGAAGCUUAAACGCAAGCGUCUUAUUCAGCCAUGA